GACCAUUUCUUAAAAAAACAGCAAGGAAAAAGAAAAAAAACAAUAAACACACACUAGAGACACAUUGUCUUCAUCCCCAAAACCUCCUUUUACAAAAAUAAACAAACCCUAAUCAAAUAAAAUCAGAUUAUUAGCAGGAGGAAGAAUGGAAUCAUCAAAACCAAUGAUAGCAACACAGCAAGAAAUGAACGAAUCAAAAGUCCCAUUAGCAUACCGUGAUCAAUGCGCCCACUUGCUCAUCCCCUUAAACAAAUGCCGUCAAGCCGAAUACUUUCUGCCAUGGAAAUGCGUCGACGAGCGUCACACUUACGAAAAGUGCGAGUAUGAACUCGUCAUGGAAAGAAUGAUUCAAAUGCAAAAACUUAAACAGCAGGGCAAAACCCUCACCAUCCCCAACACUGCCGGUGCUUGACGCUUUGUGUCGAUUCGAUCCGAUUCGCCCGGUUUAGGGAGGAUCAAACUGCUUACUUUGGUGGACUUCCUGUUGAUUGCUUAAUGUCAUUGGUGAGAACCAAAAAUUUGUGUCAUGUUUCCAUGUAUGAAAGGAUUUAUAAACAUUUUUAUCCUUCACAAUAAUUACUUGUUUGUUAUUCAACUUAAUCGGGUUUUGUAAUGCAAAGGAGGCAUUAAAAUAUGCUAUUCUAAA